CCUACCUUCCUGCUUGAUUAAAUCAAGAGAAUUAUGUGGAUAUGGAAAAUGGCCUAUUCUCAUAAUUUUUUAAACAGAUUCUAAUGCAGUGCUGCAUGCUGAUUUCAGAAAUUAAUUUAUCUUUAAAGUGUGUAGUUUCCAAAAUAUAGAGGAAAAAUGCAGGACAAUAGCCAAACGAUUUUUGCAUAGAGGCAUUAAGCAGUAUUUAGUUGAGAUUAUCAAUUUUUUUCUCAUAUUUCUUGUGAAAUGGACCCUUUAGUAGAGUUUUUCAGUGUUUUGGAGUUUGUUUUUUCCCAAGUAUUUUUCUUGUUUUAUGUUCUCAUAAGACAUAAUCGGAAUAGAAUCACUCAGAAUGAGAUUUUUAUCUGAAAAGUUAGGCCUGAUGUGACCUUCAUUGGGUCACAAGGAAUUUGUUUAAUAACUCUCUAGGUAUUGAUUUUUAGAGAGGCAUUCUCUAAUUUAGUCAUCAAAAGCUUUCGAUUGUUUUACCAUUCUGAAUUAUGGGUCGAUUUGGCUAUUUUCCUUUGAAUCUUUACUAAAAAAGAGAGUUAACCUUAACAGUUGUGUUGUAGCUCAAUAAGAAUUAACUUGUUAUAACCUUUUCUUUUGGUUUCAAUAAAAACGUUUGCCUCAAACCAACACUUUCAGCAAAUGAAUUUCACAUAGACACAAGGACAUUAACUAAAAAUUAUUUCACGACAGGUAUGCAAACAGUUCUCUACAAUAUAAUGAGGCAAAAAUGAAGCAGAUUUCAACCUAAUCUACCAUUUUAUCACUAAGAGAUAAUAUUUUAAUAAUAAUUGUAACGCAAACAUUAUACAUGUAUGAUAGCAUUAGAAAAGCAUUAGCAAAGAAAUAUUUGUCUAACAAUUUUGCAAAGCAAAAGAAUCAUCUGUGAUGCGUUAGCCAUUAACGUUUUCGUAUAAUUUUUAAGUGUUUGAGAUUAUCAUUGUGCAGCAAUGGAUUACGAUCAAUUUAUAUCAUUCUUUCAAUCAUCUUUUAAUUCACAAACACUGGAUACAGAUUAUACUACGCAAUGGGACACUUUAGCUGCUCAACCAUUACCUCAACCUUCAUGUUUAAACCAAAGUCUGGCUCUUUUAAACGCUUUUUGUUCCGAUGAAAAUACUGUUAAAAGUUAUUUACUUGAUGGCAAUCAAUCGAAUAACAAUGUAGGACAACAAUUUUUUGAUUCAUCAAUAGAAAAUCGGCCCAGUUCUAAUGAUUGGACUAACCCGUCCGAUAACUUGUAUGCUAUUGAAAAUCUGGAUGAAUCAACACUGGAUACAGAUAUUGCCUCGCAAUGUGACACCUUAGCUGUUCAACCAUUACCUCAACCUUCAUGUUCAAACCAAAGCUUAGCUCUUUUGAAAGCUGUUUGUUCCGAUGAAGAUACUGUUAAAAGUUACUUAAUAGCUGAUGAUCAAGUGAAUAAUCAUAACAAUGCAGGACAACAAUUUCUUAGUUCACCAAUAGGAACUCAUAGCUCUUUAACAGAAAAUUGUUACAACUUUAAUGACUCCAACAACCCAUUCAAUAGCUUGGAUGCUAUUGAGGACCUAUCUCCAGUUGCAACUCCUAUCUCAUCAUACAUAUCUACUGAUCCACUGGCCGUCGAGUCUCUUUACCAGUCCAAGAUUCACAACACUUACGAUAAUUUAAAACUGAAUUUUAUCUCUCUCCUUAAACGUGGAUACAAAUUGACCUUGUCACUAAACACGGAUAACAGUGAAGUUGAUGAACCCUGGAAUCCUGAUGUUAGUCAAAAAAUCUUGUCUGUUUAUUUCUCUUCAUUAAGUUUAAGAAGUGAAUAUUUAUCCAAUGAUGUGAAACUAGAUGGAUUUCAAUCACUAUUAAUGGAAGAAGCAUAUGCCGCUUUUAAAAGUCAGAAACACUUGAAUUUAUUUUCAAAUUUAAAUGACAGGAAGCGAGCAAAAGCAAGUCCAGAUAAGCUCAUUUCAAUAUGUAAUGAAAUCAAAGGCUUCAGAAAAAUCGAAACCAAUGAUAAAACAGUUCUUUUAUCCAACAUAUAUAAUCAUCUUCACUUAAUGGAAGGUAUUUUUAACUACGAUCCAAUAAUUGACGGCUGGGAUGCUCCAGCAUAUGAUUUCAAAUCUGAUCGACGAGAUACAUUUCUUUUCAACCAGUUCUUACACGACGAAAUGGUUUAUGUAAUCGAAACCUUUCCCGAUCGAUUCAGAAACGAUACAAAUGUCAUUAUUCUCAUGUAUCUAAUCAUUAUUUUCAACGGUGACAUAUCUGGAUUGAAACAUACCGAAAUGAUCAGAUAUGAACAAUUCUCAUACAUAUAUUUACUUCGCCGUUAUUUGAGGACAAUUUGUGAAUCUGAUUGUGAGGCUUCAGACAAUCAUUACAGGUUGAUGGUUAAAAUUGAACAGAUGAGACUUUUAGCCAGAAAAGUCAAAAAGGAUUUCUUGCUUCUGUUAAAUGAGCCGUUGGUGGAGACAAUAACGAAAUCAAUUACACUUCGAGGGCCUAAAACCAUCCCUGAAAUUUUGCAGGCGCGAUAUAUUAAUAUUAAUAUAUAAAUAAAAAUUCUUGAUUUUCGCAUUUC